UUCUUCUUAGCACACCAAUCACUUAGAAAUCUAAGUAACCAUUUUCAUAAGAAAAAUGUUUGUUUUCAAGUCCAUGUUUAUUUUUCCUCUUGUUCUCAUUGCUCAAUUUCUCCACUUCACUCACUCUGCCGAGGCAGCCUUAUUUAUCAUUCGAAACAAAUGUCCUUACACGGUUUGGGCUGCGUCCGUGCCAGUGGGUGGUGGUCGCCAACUCAACCCUGGCCAGAACUGGUUAAUCCAAGUCCCAGCUGGCACGUCACAAGCCCGUAUUUGGGCCCGAACCGGUUGCAAUUUCGAUGGUUCGGGCCGAGGUAGGUGUCAAACUGGAGAUUGCAAUGGUCUCCUCCGUUGCCAAUCUUAUGGACAACCCCCAAAUUCUUUAGCUGAAUAUGCCCUAAACCAAUACAACAAUCUUGAUUUUUUCGAUGUCUCUCUAGUCGAUGGAUUCAACGUGCCUAUAGAAUUUAGUCCUAUAUCCAAUGGGUGCACCCGUGGCAUUAGGUGCACCGCGGAUAUUAACGGACAGUGUCCGAAUGAACUAAGAGCACCUGGAGGAUGUAACAAUCCUUGUACUGUUUACAAAACUGAUGAAUAUUGUUGUAAUUCUGGGAAUUGUGGUCCAACAGGAUAUUCGACGUUUUUUAAGGAUAGGUGUUAUGAUGCAUAUAGUUAUCCUAAGGAUGAUCAAACUAGCACUUUUACUUGUCAAGGAGGAACCAACUAUAGAGUUGUUUUCUGCCCAUAAUUAUUCUCAACAAGACAUAUUUUGCUUGCUACCAAAUGGUAUGAAAAAUUACCAAAUUGGUAAACUAGUUUGUCUUAAUUAAGGUUAUAAUAAUAAUAAUAACUUCCUACGUGUGUAAA